AGUCUAUGUCGUUGGGUGCCCUACUCAUUUGCACUUUCAUUUUAUGAACCAAAGAGAUAAUGCACAAGCUAAUUGCUAUAAAUAUGACUCUUUAACAGCCUAAUUUCUCACUUGAGAUAACCAGCCAUUCUAGAGCACUAGUUUUCCGGGGCUUCCUUAUGGCUCGCUCCAUUCCAUUUUCUGCCAACAGCUAUGCUUCAUUCUUUUGUUUGCUUAUGUUUGUAUCAACCUAUUUGAAGGGGGCACCAGUUUACGGAGCGAAAGGAGAACAUGAUAAGCUCUACCUUGUUGUAAAUGUGAAGUCCCUGGAUCCAAAUCCAUAUUGCAUAGAAUCCACAAAGGAUCAGAGCAAAAGGGAGUCACUAAAAGUAGUUCACAGGCAUGGCCCAUGCUCUCAUAUGAAUGAGGCCCGAGCCAGUGCUCCAACCCUCGUUGAAAUCAUGUCUCAUGACCAGGCCCGAGUCAACUCACUUCACCACCGACUCCGCAUCAAGUCGGACCGCAACAGUCUCGACGACUCCAAAGCCACCCUCCCGGCCAAGUCCGGGCGAUCAAUCGGCACCGGCAAUUACAUCGUCACGUUAGGACUUGGAACCCCCAAAAAGGACCUUACCCUUACGUUUGACACCGGCAGCGACGUCACUUGGAUUCAGUGCCAACCAUGCAUUAGAUGCUACCAACAGCAAGAACCCAUCUUCAACCCCUCCGCCUCCCAAACCUACAAAAACCUCAGUUGCACCUCACCACAGUGCUCCCAACUCUACAUCAGCGGCUGCACCAGAGCCACCAACACCUGCCUCUACGCAGUCCUCUACGGCGACAGGUCCUUCACCAUCGGACUCUACGCCACCGAAACCCUAACCCUAACCCCCUCCGACGUCUUCCCCGGCUUCGCCUUCGGCUGCGGCCUAAACAACACCGGCCUCUUCCGCGGCGCAGCCGGCUUGCUCGGCCUUGGCCGUGGCCCUCCCUCCCUCGUCGCGCAAACUGCUUCGAAAUACGGAAACUACUUCUCUUACUGUCUUCCUACAUUAUCUUCCUCAUCAGGAACUCUGGUUUUUGGAAAAGAUGGUGGAACCACAAACUCUGCUGGUAUAAAAUACACACCCUUGUUGACCAACUCAAACGGCCCAUCGUUUUACUACAUCGAAGUCAUGGGGAUCAAAGUCGCCGGCGAGUUGCUACCGAUCUCUCAAUCCGUGUUCAGUUCUCCCGGCACUAUAAUAGACUCCGGCACUGUCAUUACGCGGCUGCAGCCGGAGGCGUACGAUGCGCUCCGGACGAGGUUCCGGCAAUUGAUGAUGAACUACACGAUGACUCAGGGCGUGUCGCUGUUCGACACGUGCUACGACUUCAGCGGUCGUGAUAAGGUGGAUGUCCCGACGAUAAGCUUCGUAUUCGGCGGGAAUGUUGAGGUUCCGAUCCCUUCCCCCGGGAUACUAUACGGUAGCCAAAAGUUGGCUUGUCUUGCGUUCGCCGAAAACAGUGAUGCCUCCGACGAGGGGAUAUUCGGGAAUUGGCAGCAGCAGACUUUGGAUGUGGUUUAUGAUGUUGCUGGUGAGAAGGUAGGGUUUGGGACUGGAGGGUGUUCGUAGUGUAUGUCAUCGAUCGAUUCAUGUUCGGCUCGAUCUUUGUGCGGGUACUGAGGCCGAGCCGGCAAGAUAUAAAUAGAUCAUCGACACUCCGUCAGUGUGCUAUCUUUCAUAAUAAAACAAUUUAUCAUUCAUAAAUAAGAUGUGUGCAAAUUAAUCAAGAAAAUAAAGCUUGAUUCAGCUCUUGGUACGUAGCAAGAAGGAAAUCAGGGUAACUAAAAGGGAAACUAAAUCCCCUUAUCAAAUCAUGUUGAUGAGAUAUUAUUGUGAAAUACUAGUAAGACUGAAAAAAUCAGUUUUGUGUCUA